AUGACAGCCGACAGCAUCCCACUCGAUGUGGAAGGCUUGAUAAGCCAGCUUACGCUGGAGGAGAAGAUUGAUCUUCUGGCGGGUCAGGGAUCUUUCCGAACGACGGGCCUCCCUCAGCGAGGCAUCCCGGCUCUGAUCACUUCGGAUGGUCCCCAUGGCAUUCGCGGUCGACGCGCUUUCCAUCGAAACCCGAGCCCCAUGUUGCCUUCAGCAACUGGCAUGGGAGCAACUUUCAACGCCGAGCUUCUGCACAAGGUCGGGAACCUCCUCGGGGAAGAAGCCAGAGCUCGAGGCGUUCACGUCCUUCUGGCACCUACCAUCUGCCUCCAACGUUCGCCGCUAUUCGGUCGCGGUUUCGAGGCUUUCGCCGAAGACCCCUUUCUCAGUGGCAUCCUAGGAGCCGCCUACAUCAACGGCGUACAAGAGCGCGGUGUCGCAACCAGCGUGAAGCACUAUGCCGCGCACGACCAGUCCGACAACUCCAUUGAGGACAACGUCUGUAUGACCCAGCGCACGCUUCGGGAAGUCCACAUGCUCCCGUUCCAACUCGUCAUGCGCGACUCGGAUCCCUGGACAUUCAUGACCUCGUACAACAAGAUCAACGGAAUCCACGUGAGCGAGGAUCCGUUGCUUAUGAAGCAGAUUCUGCGCGACGAGUGGGGUUUUAAGGGGCUAGUAAUGAGCGAUUGGUUUGGUACUUACAGUACUUCCGAAGCCAUCAACGCCGGUCUGGAUCUGGAGAUGCCCGGUCCGACGCAGUGGAGAGGCAAGUGCCUAAGUCUGGCCGUCAACAGCCGUAAAGUACCGCGGACGGCCAUCGACGAGUGUGUCAGGAAUGUUCUCAACCUCGUCAACAAGGUCAUGGACACGAAACCUGAAGCGUACUUCUCUGCUACGAAUACGCCGGAGCAGCAGGCUCUGAUUCGGCAGCUCGUGGCGGAGAGCGUUGUUCUUUUGAAGAACGACAGAGGAGUGCUUCCUAUUAAAGUGUCGGAAAAGAGGCGUAUCGCAUUGAUCGGAGACCAUGUCAAGAACCCGGCCUUGAGCGGUGGUGGAAGUGCGGAGGUCGAGCCUUACUACUCCGUGACCCCUUACAACGCCGUCGUGGAAGAGGCUGGAAAGGAGAAUGUUUCUUAUGCCCUGGGAUGUCACUCUUUCAGAUUCAGCCCUCUUCUGAAGAAUCUCAAGCCCGCGAACGCUGAAGGGUUUGGUUGGUCAGUCGAGGUCUUUGGAGAGAAUCCAGACGAGAAGCCUGACGCCGAGGUCUUGCUAUCAGCCACUGCCGAGAAGGAACUCAUCGAUGUUCCGGAGAGUUUCCACGCGACCCUACCCAAGAAGUUCUAUGCCAGAGCUCGUGCUGUCUACACCCCAGAAACUACGGGUCCUUUCAGGUUUGGCUUCAGCACGUCAGGCAAGGGCAAAGUGCGCAUCGACGGGAAAGAAGUCAUUGACCUCUGGAGCAACCAGCCUCCCAAGACGGGCCCUACACCCUGUUUUAACAGAUUGUCUAUGGAAAAGUUCUGCGACACACAUCUGACUGAGGGCAAGACCAUCGACAUCGAGGUCAUCCAGGUCAACGAAGACCUUUCUGGCGGUGUCGGCACAGCACUGACACUUGCGGGCCGAGUCGGCGGUUUCGAAAUCAUCGAUGAAGACCUCGCCAUCAAGGAGGCGGCGGAGCUGGCCAAGAAGGUCGAUGUCCCCAUAGUAGUCACGGGUCUGUCGUCGGACUUUGAGUAUGAGGGCGCCGAUAGGAAGCACCUGAGACUGCCCGGCCGGGUCGAUGACCUGAUACAGGCUGUUCUUGCUGCCAAUUCCAACGCUGUCAUUGUUACGCAGUCAGGCUGUCCCAUUGAGAUGCCAUGGGAGUCUCAAGCGUCCACACUCGUGCACGCGUGGUUCGGCGGCCAGGAGACCGGUCACGGCUUAGCAGACGUCCUCUUCGGCAAAGCCAACCCCUCAGGCAGACUUUCCCAGACAUUCCCAAAGUCCAUCAAGCACACACCUGCUUAUCUCAACUUCUCAAAGACCGACUACGACAUCGUUUACGGGGAGGGAGUUUUCAUCGGUCACCGCUACUACGAGGUAACCGACCGGGACCCUCUCUUCUACUUUGGUCACGGUCUUUCGUACUCGACUUUCGAGUACUCGAGACUUCAGGUGCCGAGCACUUUUGAACCUUCGGUAGAUUUCAAGAUGAAGAUCUCGGUUGACGUGACGAACAAGGGCCCGUAUGACGGCGCGGACGUGGUUCAGGUCUACAUCCACGACCCCGAGAGCACUCUUCAACGGCCUGCCCGAGAGCUCAAGGCGUUUUCCAAGGUGGUUAUGAGAGUUGGCGAGACGAAGACUGUUGAGCUUGUCCUUGAUAAGUACUCGCUGUCAUACUGGUCGCAAGAGAGAUCGAAGUGGCUUGCGGAGGCGGGAGAGUACGUGGCGAUAGUCGCAUCGAGCUCGAACCCCAAGGACGAGAUCCUGCGGGCCAGUUUCCACUUGCCGCAGACGUUUUUCUGGGAGGGCGUCUAA